AUGAUGGACGCAAAUGUAAUAGCAGCAAUUAAAUUUUCACACUUAUCAAUUGUAAAAAGUACAGAUAUUGAAACAUUAAAAAAAGUAAGGGGUGAUCAUGGUGAGAGUUAUUUACAUUUAGCAUGUUCAGGUGGAAAUGAAGCAAUAACAAGAUAUUUAAUAAAGAUAUUAGGAGCUGAUUUUGAUUUAUCAACAAUUCGUGACAAUGAAUUAAUGACACCAUUACAUUGGGCAUGUUUAGAAGGUAAGCAUUUACCAAUCAAUGUCAUAUUAGAACAUGCAACAAACUAUAGUAGUAGUAAUAAUACAAAUGGUAAUUCUGAAAUCAUUAAAAAAAUUAUAAAUUCAAGUGAUCAUCGUGGUGAAACUCCAUUGUAUUUAGCAUGUUUAAAUGGUUCAAUAAAUUGUUUAAAGAUUUUAUUAAAUAACCCAUUCAUUGAUAUUAAUCAACAAUCUAAAUUUGGUGAGACUGCAUUACAUAUUGCAAUCAUCAAUAAUCACAUGAAUUGUAUUGAAUUGUUAAUUCAAAAAGGUGCUGAUUAUAAUUUACCAAAUCAAAAUGAUCAAACUGCAAAACAUUUAUGGUUAAAAUCACCUUUAUCAAUAAAUAAUACUUAUUUAUUUUAUUCCAAAAAUGAAUUAAUUGAAAUUAUAGAAGAAUUAAAUAAAAAAAUUAAUAAUAAUAAUAAUAAUAAUAAUAAUAAUAAUAAUAAUAAUAAUAAUAAUAAUAAUAUUUGUAAAAAUUGUAAUAAUAAUAAAGAUUUAAUAUCGAUUCAAGAAUCAAAGAAAUUAGUUUGUGAUUCAAUAGAUUUAUUCAAAAAACAAAUAUUAGAUUCUUUUGAUCAUCAGAAAUAG